UAUAGUCACUUGCUCCAUCGGCUAUCUCCCUCAAGAGCCCACUCCGGAGUAACUCCUUACUGCCAACCAUGGACGGAUCCCGGGGAAAAAUGUCACCUCGUCGUCCGCCUCUAUCUUACGCCUUUACUACUUCCUGUCCGAUCCAUAGUCAUCUCUCUACACAUCGACGUCACAUUCCGGCCCCAUCACGCUCCCCCAACCAUGGGAAUGGCAACGUCAAUUACCCCAAGCCGUUUUUCCCGAGGCCAACCGCACAAUCAUCAUAGCGAUCGAGCUUGUUGUCCACGUUGCCUGCCCCUGCCUUUGCCCCAUCCUUAAGUUCCUGGUUCAAUGUCACCAUGUACUUUGUAGUAUUCCCUCCACCUCUUCUCAUUCAUUCAUAAUGUCCUACCAAUUUCCCUCCUACCCCGCAACGAUUUCCUCUUCCUCUCGUCCCGUCUCAUCCCCUAUUAUCUCCUAGUAGUUCGGACAGCCCAUCCAUCCGUCCAUCCUCUGGUUGUGAGCGCGGCGCGGCUCGAAGUAUACCCAACAUGCCUGGCAAAACAUCCACCUCCCUGC